GUGAUCCGUUAGACUACGGAGUAAGUGUUAGAAGGUGCAUUAUCAGGGGGAGUACAUCAUUAUUGCUGACAACGGCUCGCCUAUUGUAGUGCAUAAUAUAUACACACAUUUGAGAUAAUAGUAAAGAAGAAAAGUACGUGCACGGCCAUCAGCGUUUUCAUCGUUGAAGAUGUCCUCCUACAGCAACACGCAGUCGCGGCUCCAGCGCAUCGCCCCGCAGCUGCGCCCCGCCGGUGUCCACGGCGACUUCAGUGAGGCCACCGUCGCCGAGCUGCUCUCGAGCUUCAACCCGGACGGCCUCGUCACCCCCGAUCACAUCCGCGCCUUCCAGCAUCGCGGCGCCGGCGUGGGUGAGGCGACACGCUCGUGGAGCCGCUCGAAGGACUCACCAGUUGAUCCAAACAUGCGCCACGGUGUGAAAGGGGAGACGGCGUCUGGCGGUGCCGAAGCGUGCCUGCGUCCGGAGGAGUAUGCGGACAAGAUGACGGCGCUGCUGGACGCGCAGCGCGAGACGCAGUACCUCAGCAACCGCCGCAAGCCCCUCGGCCACGCGCCUGUGCCGGAAAACCCCGUGCCGGUGCCGCUGCACGGUUUUGGCAUUACCCAUGAAAAGGGGGAGUCCACACAAUCUGUCCUGGCCGGCUACCGUGCCGUGGACGUUAUCCACCCUGCGGGGGAGCAGGUGUCGCGCAAUUACAACUGGGAUGCGCACGGCAUCGACCCGACGCAGCACCGGUUUGGCCGCCCGUCGGAGAACUCAAACGGUUCUACCGCUGCGGCGGUGCGCUGCGAGAGUGCGACACAGCUGCGGUCGAAGCUGGCGAACGACUACCAGAGCACCGUCGCACACGAACUGGGCAAGUCAAAGAGUUACGGCUUCGACGACCCGGCUGAAUGGGAUGCGACGAAGCGAGGCCGGGUGGCGCAGCCCGGGGCAAGCGGGAAGGCGGCGAGCCACUUCCAGACGGAGCAGCCGACGGUGCAGGAGGUGCUCUCCUCCUGGGCCGCCGCUACGUCCUCGGCGACGGCGGCGCAGUCGGCAGAUGAAGCGAGCGUUAGCGACGGAGAGAAAACUUGUGCUGUCGAGCAGAGUUCGGCGCAGCCUUCUAAAAACAAGCUCGGCAACUUAGAGGACGAUGUUCGUGCACACCAAUUGCUCUACCCCUGCCACUACGUGUCGCUCGGCGUGGAGUCGAAGUACUUUGCGGGGGGACGUACUUUAGACGACAUUCGGCAGCUGUGCCAUAAGUGCGACUUUGGCUUGACGGACGCCGACAUCGACGCCGUCUUCAAUGAGAUGAGCAAGGAUGGCAAGUGUAGCAUCGAGGAGUUCAAGAACCAGGCGCGAGUGAAGGGCUUAAUGUAA